AUGAAUAUUAAAAAAAAAGCAGUUGAAGGGUUUAAUGAUUCUGUUAAAAAAAAUCUUGAUGAUGCAGUUUUAAAAAUAAAUAAUAAACUUGAUGAUAUUAAUAUUGAAGAAGGAGAGGUUGAUUAUGAAGAAAUUAAAAAAAAGACAAAAAAAGUAUGUACAGAAGCAUUAGCCAAGGUUCGAGAUUUUUUACCAAGCAUCAUUCUGAUGUCGCAAAGAGACCUUGUGGUUAAAAAAUUUGAAGAAUUAACUGGCGCAUAUACAAGAUUAAAACAAGAAAAUGAUAUAUUACCAAAUAAAUUAAAACCUUUAAUUGGAGGUAUUAAUUAUGAAACAGUGAAAGAAAAAUGUAAAGAAGUAUUAGAAGAAAUACAAGAUUUUUUAGAAUCAAUUCCUCAAGAUGUUGAUAAUUUAUUAAAAAAUCAACCGCUUAUUCAAGAACUUUCUACUUCUAAAUAA